AUGGCGAUCUGUACUUAUAACACACGUACGCUUGCAUCGGAAGCGGCCAUCGAAGAUCUGAUGAUGCAAGCUAAGAAGAUCAAGUACGACGUCAUUGGACUAACCGAGACGAGACGACGUCACCCUCUCAACGCCGUAUAUGAAAGUGGAGAAGAACUUAUCUUAGGAACAUGCGACAGUAGAGGUGUCGGUGGAUUUGGCGUCCUCGUCAACACGAGUAUGGCAAAGAACAUCGAUUCUUUUGAACAACUUACGACCCGAAUCGGACGUCUGCGGAUGAGAAGAUGUGGCCCUACACCAGCUUUGACUAUCUUCGUCGCUUACGCUCCAACAUCAAGCUACGAAGAAGAAGAAGUCGAAGCUUUUUAUAUGGACCUGGAGAAGUUCUACCGAGAAGAUCAUGCCUUCUACAAGGUCAUAAUUGGCGAUUUCAACGCCAAAGUUGGCCCAAGAAGAACGCCGGAGGAACUUCACAUCGGGACCCACGGCCUACAAUGGAAUGACCAGGGGGAGAGGCUCUCCGAGUUCAUCAUGACGACUAAGACCAUCCAUGGGAACUCGCAAUUCCAGAACCCUCCUCUCUACGCUGGACGUGGGAGUCACCCGGUGGAGGGUACCGUAAUGAAAUAG